AUGCCCCUUCGCCUCUGUAACGCAGCUGCUACUUUCCAACGCCUGAUACAAACAGCUCUAAUCGGCCUAUUCUUAAAGCAUUGCAUAAUUUAUCUGGACGAUAUUCCCGUUUUUGGUGGAGAUAUUCGAGAGCAUAACGUCAACCUGAAACUAGUUCUGAAUCGUCUACGAGACACCGAGUUAAUCUUGAACCCGAAGAAGUGCUGUUUCCUGCAACGCUCGACCACCUUCCUGGGACAUUCAGUCUUGUCAGAUGGGAUGGCAGUCACCGAAGACCGUGCUAAACAAACAGAGCUCCUCAGUUUCCUAGGUUUGCCAAAUUACUACCGACGUUCCAUUAAAGGUUUCGCUAAGAUCGCCAGCCCGCUGCAUAAAUUAACCGAAAAGCAGGCGAGGGAGAAUUUCAAGUGGGAGAAAGGGGAUGAUAGGGCGUUUAAAGAACUGGAGCGAAUGCCCCGCUCCGCGUUGAUUCUAGCGCUACCAAACUUCGAAUCGAGCGCCCCACCGUUUGUACUGGACACGGGCGACGCGGCCAAGGGCGGUAUACUCUAA